GGGGAUGAAGGCAGCUCUUGAUCAUCUCUCUCUCUCUCUCUCUCUCUCUCUCUCUCUCUCUCUCACACACACACACACACACACACACAGUGUGAGGUAGUUCGUUGUGUCUUUUUAUCUGGCAAAUGAGUCCUGGGCUCCUUGGUUCGUCAUUCUUUACCUAAUCUGGUCUGGUCUGGUCUGGUCUUUUUGUCAAGUCAUUUCUUCUAGAUCGUUUCCUAAUCGCAUACUCUAAGAGACACUACGGAAUGCAGUAAAUUAAUCUACCCCAACUGGCAUAUAGUGCAUAAGAAUACACUUCCAAGCUUGAUAGAGUGCUGUGCAAUCUACCGCAUUCCAUUCUGUUUUUGUAAAGAUCUUAUCCGUAUCCAUAUCCGUAUCGAUCGUGGAUAAAUCCUCUUUACCUAUUACCUGCUUGCUAAUCUAGUGAGCACAUAGCGCUGUAUCGAUAGACUGAAUAGCUUCCUUUCGCUUCCCCCUCCUCCCCUCCUCCCCUCCUCCUCUUCUUCUUCCUCCUACUCUUACUCCUCCUCUUCUUCCUCCUCUUCCCCCUCCUUUUCCUCCUCCUCGUCCUUUUCCUUCUCCUUCUCUCGUCUCCUUAUACAUGUGCUUGGCUCUUGUCCUCUGUUACUCGUGUGGGCGAUCCAUGUGGCGUUUUUCUCUCCCAGCUUAUAGUCGGUAAUUCUUAGUUCAUUCACAUCCAUCAUCCAUCUUCAUCAUCUGAUCGUCGUCCCUCCAUCCCUAUCUCCUCCUCCUCCUCCUCGUCAUCAUCAUCAUCAUCAUCAUCACUGCAUGAUCAGCAUUCAUCAUCAUCAUCAUCAUCAUCAUCAUCACGUCAUGAUCAGCAUUCAUCAUCAUCAUCAACGUUAGUGUUAGUCAGAACAGCGAGUGAUCUAGUUUAGUUGGCAUGUGUUGAUUCUAUUCUUUUUUACGCGAGUGAAGAUAUAUACAGAAAAAAGGGAAACUAGAAGAAGGAGAAGAAGAAGAAGAAGAAGAAGAAGAAGAAGAAAAAGAAGAAAAAGACCGCCAUCACCAUGGUGCGCCUCACCGCUGCUUACGUGUCUUCCUUACAGCAAGACGGCGAUGUCGAAGCGAUUGAAAAACUCGACGUUUCAGGGCGACAGAUCUCUGACAUCGUCGAUCUUGACAAGUGUUCCCGCCUCACACGCCUCGAUAUUAGCAAUAACGCACUGGCCUCUACCUCCAUCGCUAGUCUAAAGCUGUGCACAGAACUGAAAUGGCUUUCGUUGGCUGGCAAUCAGCUGGAGAGUCUGUCUGGUAUUUCCUCUCUGUCCAAGUUGACCGUUCUGAAUUGCAGCCACAAUAAGCUCUCAGCGUUCGGCGAAGUUGCUGGUCUCACGGACCUCCGUGCGCUCAUCCUCAACGACAACCAGAUUGAAGUGAUUGCUCGGCUUGAUCGACUGAAGAAGCUCGAUGCACUCGUCCUGUCGAAGAAUAAGAUCCGAGAGAUACCCAAGGCAAUAGGAAAACUAUCUGCGCUGUCAAAGCUCUCGCUUUCGUAUAACCGAAUACAAACCCUAGGCAGCGGGUUGAGAACUUGCAUCCUGCUGGAGGAGUUGCGUCUGGCACAUAACACCAUACGCGCUCUUCCGCUCGACUUGGAGACGAACGGCAACCUGAGGAUCGUUGACAUGAGCAGCAAUCGAGUACAAGACUGGAAUGACGUCCAGGUACUGACCAAACUAUCACAGCUCAAACAAGUGAGCUUCAGAGGGAACCCUGUGUGUAACCAAGACGGAUACAUAAGCAAGAUAUGUGGCUUCCUGCCAAAUCUGGAGGUUUUGGAUGGGCAGCGAGUACGGGGUCGAAAACGGCGCGCAGUGAAAGGGCAUGGAGAAGCGGCGAAGGACUCCGCACACUGUGUGACGGCAACAGCAGCAGGCGGGGGGAAAUCCCCACCAGGGAACCACAUCAGAUUGAAGAAGGGCAACUCCGAUUGCGAUCAUGAAGAUGAUGAUGGGGGUGAAGAUGAUGAUAAUGGGGGUGAAGAUGAAGAAGCACAGGGGGAUAGGAAAGCAGGCAGAAGCAAGGAGAGAGCGAAGACAAGACGUGAUGGUCUUCCAGGCAAAGUUGGCGGUGGGGCAGCAAAUCUGAAGGAGGGAGAGAAGAGGGAGAAGACGAAGGAGAAGGAGAAGGAGAAGGAGAAGAAAGGUGAGGAGAGAGAGGACCUGAGAUCUCAGGUCAAGAAGAAGAGUAAGCUGUCUGGGGACCAAAGACGCCGAGGAACAGAGGAGGAACUGGAGGAAAAGCCAUUCAUUUCUCUAGUCAUGGCACAGAAUGACGCCGAGAGAUGGAAGGUAGGAGGAGAAGAGGCUCGAGGUGGAGGUGGAGGUGGAGGUGGAGCUGCUUCCGGCUUUGGCCAGGCAGCAGGAAUUGCUUCCCGGUCAUCUCGGAAAGAUAGCAGCAUUGCUGUCCUUGGCAGUAAUGGGCAUAAUGUCAGGAAGACCACACCUUUAGCAGCGUUCAGCGCAGGGGAAGCUCUGGAUACAAUUGGAUUGGGUGGUGAUUCUGCAUGGGUAGAUUGUAGCACGACAGACAGUUUUGUGCCUGUUCUUCGAGGAACAUCAGAGGUCAAAAGUCAGGUGGUGUACAACCGUUGGAAGAAGAAGAGCGUAUCAUCUGUCGCAACGUGAACUGUCAUUGCCUUUAGAUAU